CCAUGGAUGAAGGCUGUGAGACGUGGGUGGAAACGGCAAUAUUUUUCGACUGCCUCAGUCUUUGCCUACGAAUUGGGCCAGCCCCAUUGGAUUCAACCCGAAAUACUGUACCUACUUAGUUGCCCGGGUAUCUCAAAUACUAGCAAGCGUUUAUUUUUUGCCCCAACAUGGGCAAGUCCGGCAGCCAGAAGCGUCGGCGCGAGGCCGAAGCAGCGCAGGAGCAGGCGGCGGCGGCGGUCCCUCUUUCCGAAGACUCGACUUCUGCAGCAAACCCAACUCCGCCGAUUAAGAAGGCCCGCGUUGAGGAGCGUCGGUCUCUCUUUGUGCGCUCGCUGCCGACCGGUGCCACCGGCGAGUCCCUGACCGAGUUCUUCUCACAGCAUUUCCCCGUCAAGCACGCCACCGUCGUUGUCGAUCCUAAAACCAAAACCUCCAGAGGCUAUGGCUUCGUUACCUUCACCGACCCCGACGAUGCAAUCCAAGCCAAGGAGAAGCUUAACAACGAGCUCCUCGACGGCCGGCGCUUGAGGUUGGACAUCGCAGAGCCUAGGCACCGUGCUGCUACAAAGGCUGGUGUCCCUGUCGAGACCUCCAAGGUCUUCCAGGAGAAGCAGAAGCGCGAGGAGGAGCAGGCUGAGAACCGCAAGGCCCCGAAGCUCAUUAUCCGGAACCUUCCCUGGAGCAUCAAGAGCUCAGAACAGCUGUCCGCACUGUUCAAAGGUUUCGGCAAGGUCAAAUUCGCCGACCUUCCCAACAACAAAGGCAAGCUUUCGGGCUUCGGCUUCAUCACCCUCCGCGGCCGGAAGAAUGCCGAGACUGCCAUCGAGAAGCUCAAUGGCAAGACCGUCGACGGCAGACCCAUUGCCGUCGAUUGGGCUGUUGAAAAGAGCGUCUGGGAACAACAACAGGCACCGGAGGCUGAGACGCCCAAGAAAAAGUCGGCCGCAAAGGAGACUUCCAAGGAGAGAAAGUCAGACGACGAACCUAAGCCAAAGAGCAAUCCAAAGAAGGCCGCAGAUGACUUUGACGAGGAUGAGGACAUCAGGAAUUUCCUCGAAAAGAAUAUGGAGACGCUUGAGAGUGAGGACGAGGAUGAGGAUGAGGACGAGGACGAAGAUGGAAGCUCAGAAAAGGACGAGGAAGAUGAAGAUGAUGAGGAGGAUGACGACGAUGAGGACGGGGGUGCCGAGGUUGGCGACGACAAGAAGAAGCACCCCUCGUCAGACAACGCCAGCACAUUAUUCAUUCGUAACGUGCCCUUCACCACCACCGACGAGCAGCUCAAGGAGCAUUUUUCGCAGUUCGGCGCCGUCAGGUAUGCGCGUGUGGUCAUGGACCACGCCACGAAAAGGCCAGCCGGCAAGGGUUUCGUGUGUUUCUUCAAUGUGGAGGACGCCGAAUCUUGCGCUCGCAAUGCGCCACGCUACAGGCCCGCCCCAACGUUGACCAAGCACUCGGUCCUGCAGGACGAGACGGUCGACGCCGAGGGCAAGUACACCAUAGAGGGGCGGGUGCUGCAGGUCUCCAAGGCCGUGAGCAAAAACGAGGCCGAGAACUUGACCUCGGCCGCUGCCGCCGCUCGCAACGCCGAGGACAAGGACAAAAGGCGGCUUUUCCUGCUAUCCGAGGGCCAGAUCCCAGCGAGCUCCCCAGUCUACUCCCUGCUCCCCGCUUCCGAGAUCCAGAUGAGGGAGGCAAGCGCCAAACAGCGCAAGAUGAUCGAGAGCAACCCGAGCCUACACCUCAGUCUUACUAGGUUAGCCAUCCGCAAUAUCCCGCGGAACAUGACGGCCAAGGACCUAAAGGCUCUAGCCCGAGAGGCUGCCGUCGGCUUCGCUAAAGACGUCAAGGAGGGCAAACGCGCACCGCUGUCCAAAGAGGAGUCCCGGCGGGGUGGUCAGACGGAUAAGGACGGAGAGCACAACAGAAAGUUGAAAAAGAAGGGUAUCGUCCUGCAGGCCAAGAUUGUGUUCGAGAGCAAGGACGGCUCCAAGGUCUCCGAGGUCAAGGACGCGGAUGGAGGUGCCAGGAGUCGAGGCUACGGCUUCAUAGAGUAUUCGUCCCAUCGCUGGGCUCUCAUGGGUGCGCGCUGGCUCAAUGGCCAUUCAGUCAACGGCGCCACUGGCAAGAAGGCCAUGAGACUGAUCGUUGAGUUCGCCAUCGAGAACGCCAACGUGGUGGCUCGGCGAAACGCAACUCACGAGAGGUUCAAGGGGCAGGGGCCGCCCACCCAGAGCAAGCCUCAGGCGGCAACGGACAACAAGGCGGCCUCCAAGGAUGAACAGGGGAGUCUGGAGGCUGGGGAUGGCGGCAAGGUGACGAAAUCGGCCGAGAAGAAGCUCGCCAUGAGGCAGCAGAUUAUCGGUCGCAAGAGGAUGAUGCGGAAAAAGAAGGCAGACAUGCGCCGUGGCAAAUGAGCUGUAUGAACUGUAGCGAGGUUAUCGCACGCUGGCGCGCCAAUAAAAGGAGGCAGGCUUCAGGGCAGGUACUGGGCGUGAUAAGGGUAGGCUUUGCUGGAUAUUUUGGUGAUGGGUUUUCGCGGACGAGCUCUGCCAGCGCUCUGUUGCUAUCAAGCCACAUGUAGUAAUACCAAAUGAUACCAACGUGGAGA